UGCAAGAAAGCUCGGUCAUGUCGUGACUCAUAGUCAUUUAUGUUUUUGUAUACAACACUUUGCACUGACACUUCUGGACGAAUGCAAAGUCGGAGUGCAAAGUCGUUCAUUUUCAAAUUUGCUCAAAGUGUUGCGCGAUUGAUGCAAGUCGAGGCAAAUUACUCCACUUGAUAGGAAACGUACGGGAGUGUGCGGAUUUACUCAUUGAUCACUCAUCUAUUCUCAGAUAACGUCGAUGUGGACACUGAUUUUACUUACUUUCAUUCUCAAGCAUCUAUUAAAAAGAAUACGUCGAAUAGAUGUGACACAAGUCAACACGUGGCACGUACGUACGCCUCCGUCAUUAAGACGUCGCUUCAUAGGAGAGAAAAUAAAGUCCCAUGGAUAAAUAGCACUGAAUUUAGAAAAUCAAACAAGUGUAUGUAUAUUCAUUUUAAAGUAACUUGUGAUUAUCCGCUACAAAAAAUUGAUUACAAAAAUUGAGAAUACGUGAAACAAAAAACAUCCUUGCAUGAUGUGAAAAUUUUGUGAAGCUACGCAUUGUAAUUCUUCAGAACAUUGUAUGUGCUGAAGUAAGGAUGAGUUUAUCUGUCAGAGGCAUGUGAAUGCCGUAAAUGGCCGUAGAAGGAUCGUGUCAGCCUUUGAACAAUUUACUAUGGGCAUCUGCUUGGAUACUGAUCAACAAAAUGGAUCGCAGAUGUUCGAGGAAAACGAUGCUCGAGCUACAGGAAGAUGGCGAGGAGAGGCUGGUCUUUUGGCGACUCCACCAGAUGGACAAUUCCCAAAACAAAAUGUUGGUCCAAUUAAAUUCGAAAUACCAAAAAUUCCUGUUAUAUUCGUACUUGGAGGUCCAGGUAGUGGUAAGGUGACAUAUUGCGACAAUUUGAUACAGGAGAAAAAAGGAAUAACGCAUAUUAAUAUGAUGGAUCUUCUUCAACAAUAUGCAUUAGGAAAUGAUAUGCAAGAUUUUGGACAACUUAGUAGCAAAACUGUCACAGAAGUACUCAUGCUUGAGAUGAAAAUGUCCCCAGGAGCCAAGGUUUUUCUUGUAAGCGGAUAUCCACGAAAUAUGCGUGAUGUAGUAGAAUAUGCUGAAAAAAUAAAAAUCGUUAAUGGUGUCAUUCUUGUAUCGUGGAGGCAAGAAGUGUUGGAGAGACAAAUUGAUUUCGGUGCGCAACUCGGCCAUGUUAUCAUUGGAUUAGCUAGAAUGGAGUUGCAUAAUUUUUACAGAAACGUAAUGCCAGUUGCAGAAUAUUUUGAUCAAAGUGGCAUGUUACUUGAGAUAAAUGGGGAACGCAACCCAAGUGAGGUCUAUGUUAGUUUUCGAGAUGCAAUUCUCAGAAUUCUUGGAAUAUCAAGCGGUGAAAUUCACGAUCAAAAUGUACCUCAAUCUUUAGAAGCCGAAGUUGAAGUGGAAAGGAGAAAGGAAUCGACCACGGAUUCAGCAUUAGUCAAACAAGUUGUAGGAACUAAUAAUAGGCUACCACCUUUUAUAUCAAUAGACGCACCAAAAACAGCUGAUAAACCGAGAAAAGGAUUGCCAUCAUUUAUUUGGGUCAUAGGUGGACCAGGAAGUAAUAAGGCAGCUCUUUGCACUCAAGCUGUUCGUAAUAUGUCAGGCUGGCUGCAUAUAAGUAUUGGAGAAUUAUUUAGAACGAUGGCCUCGUCCAAUAUGAUUGUAAAUGAUGCAAUUGUUUUGGGUGAAAUGGUCCCUCACGAUAUCGUAAUGCAGCUUAUAGAACAGCAGAUUCUUUUGAAUCGAGAUUCGGACGGUAUCGUCAUGGAUGGAUAUCCGAGAGACUUGAAUCAAGUGCAGGAAUUUCAGACGAAGUUUGGACAGGAACCACCACUAGUAUUACUUGACUGCUCCAAAUUGCAACUCGGGAGAGGAAGACUGGACGACAGUGUUUCAGCAUUUAGAAAAAGAUUGGAACUUUUUCGCGAAGUGUCUCUUCCCAUGUUGAAAACGCUGGACAGCGAUAAUCGGUUAAUAAUUGUGGACGGUGAUACAGAUGUACCUAGUGUCCAGCAGGAUUUUACUGCUGCGUUAUAUCAACUAAUGCGUCGAGCACGUCGCAAAGAAGAAGAAAGUCUAUGCGAUCCGGAUUCGCCUAUCAAGAGACACCCAAACGGAAUAAAUAUUUCGAAUGAAUAUCAAAAUGGACGUGCCAUACCUAACGGCAAUGCCAAACUAGCAGUCAACGGCGUAUCUAAUUAUAUUGGAAAGAUAGCCGAUGCGACGAAAAACGGAAUUGUUGCUCAAGGAGUGGGUACUAUUUCUAAUGGUGUAUUGAACAAUAUGAAGCAUAUUCAACAGAAUGGUCAUAUUCAUCAGAAUGGCAUCACAAAAGGAACAACACAUAUCCUACAAAAUGGUGUAGCGCAUUUAGCCAACGGCAAUAUAUCCGGCAACAAUAAAAUCGCACCAACGAUGCACAACUAUUUGCCAAAAGAUCCUGUCAGGAAAAUGUACAAUGAAAUUGAAGGUUAUCAGCAAAAUCUUCAUAUGUAAAUACAAAGUCUUUUUUAAUAUUGUUAAAUAAUUUUAACUGUUAACAUGCACGAAAGGCUCCGUAAUACGUAUUGGAACUUUCAAUUGUACUGACAAUUUUGAUAUUUUACUAAUAAUAUCUCUUGCCCUACCGCGUGCCUUAAAAAAAAUACGACUUAAACAAUACAAUUAAUCCGUCUGUUAAAACAGCCAAAAAUAAAGUCGUAAGUAAUUGGAAACAUAUUUCGAAUAAUAAACACUAUAUAUAAAAUGUCCCAGAAGAUAU